AUGUUCAGCAAGCUUCGAGCGCGACUUCAGCGUAAUCUCGCCCCGACAAAGCCGCCGAUUGACCUUGAUGAGGACUUGACCGAGAAAGAUAGCAGCGGCGAAGGCAACGUGGACGAGAAAACGGCGACGCUCGAGCCGUCGCCGGCGAAACCCAUUGCCGUCAACGUCAAAGGUGGGAACGCGGAUGUCAGUGAGCUCGAGCCGGAGAACUUGCUGCCCAAUGGUAAAGAGGUAAGUGGUCUGUCUGAAAGGGCCCUGCUCUAUGUGCCGGGUUUUGUUAACACCGCAGCGGCCGCGGCCGGAACUGGCCGGAACUGAUCCCCUCUUUCACAACCCGUGGUGGGUCCUCCCCCUAACUUUUCACCUGUUAGCGCCCUCUCGAAACGACCGAAGACAUUGCGUACAGGUCAGUUCGUGGUCUAUGUAUCUACUCGAUGUGACCCAAAUCUUUAUGUUUUCAAUGCCUUGAUUGCUCCAUCACAGGUGCAUCUCGCUGGAGGACGACCCGACCAUGCUGGUCAUGACGUUGCGGAUGUGGGUCAUCGGCCUCGGCUUGACGUGCUUCGCUGCGACGCUGGCGCAGAUCUUCUACUUCCGUCCUCAGGUGAGCUCUGGUCAACAGAACAGUCUUUCAGCUAGUCCGAUGUUCAGCUGAUUUACUGUAAACUCGCUACAGACUGUCUACGUCAGCCAGCUUUUCGGUAAGACACUAGGAAAAUGUACCACACCUUCACUUUCGGCCGCUCGCUCACGCUGCACCUAUUAUGAUCGCAGUCCAGAUUAUCUCCUACCUCUUGGGCAAGCUGUGGUAUCGCGUGCUCCCCAAGGCCGACAAAGGCAGAUUUUGGGCCUUUGUCAACCCUUGUGACUUCAACAUCAAGGAACAUGUGGCAAUUGGUACGUCGAAGUUCUUUAGCUGAUCGCAGGUACUGACCGCCCCCAAUCACCUUUUGCGCACAGGUAUUAUGAGCUCAACCUCCCUUCACAGCGCCGGAUCUGUGGGUGUAUUCGCCGUCGAAGUGCUCUACUACGGUCUCAAUCUCAACAACGGGAUCGCCAUCUUUAGUCUCAUCGCCUCGCAAUGCUUCGGCUACUCGCUUGCGGGCCUCUCUCGAAGUCUCUGCGUCUACCCGUGUUACGCGUUGUACCCGACGAUCCUCCCCGCAAUCUCCCUCUACGAUGCACUCGGCCGUGAUCCUGAUAGUGCUGUCGCCAAGAAAAGAUGGCGCUUCUUCUGGUGCAUCGCGAUUGGCAUCUUUAUCUGGGAAUGGAUCCCCGAAUACGUUGCGCCGAGCUUGAUCGGGAUCUCUGUCUUUUGGUGCGCACCUUGCCGAAUGGCGCCUUGGCACGUGCCCCGAGCUCCCCUGAGUACUGAUUUGUUCCUUCUAUUUGCAUACCACAGCUUAGCACACCAGCACUCGCCCUGGGUCACUAGGAUCUUUGGUGGUGCUUCGCCCAACGAAGGAAUGGGCAUGUUCUCGGUUUCGCUCGACUGGAAGUGGGUGUCGAGACACCGUUCGAAUCUCUCAUUGGAUCUAGCUGAUAAUGUGUUUCUUUGCUCUACUUGAUGUCCCCUAGCUUUGUGGGAUCCGGAGGUGGAUCCUUGGGAGCUCUGUUCUCGCCCCUUUCGACACUCAUGAGCUUGUAUAUUGGGUUCCUGACGUGCAUCGUUGUUUCGCUCGCAUGCUACGCCAAGAACGUCUGGCAUGCUCAAAAUUUCCCCUUCCUCGCCCAAGACCUGUUCUACCUCAACGGUACUCAGUACGACCAAUCUUUGAUCUUGGACGACAAGUUCCAGCUCAACAAGACAGCCCUCGCCAUCCAAGGAUUGCCGUGGUACUCGACGACGACGGCGAUUUACUAUCUCGGCUGCAACCUCGCGAUCGGAUGCUCGAUUACCCACAUCGUCCUUUGGUUUAGACCUCAGAUCCGAAAGGCUUGGGCCCAGUGUGAGUACAUGUCCGAAGCGUUCUACACACUUUUCUCUGACGUCCUUCAUCUUCCUCACGCGAAUCGGCGCUGCAGAUAAAACCCGCACAGAAUGCGACCCUCACCACGAAAAGAUGUGCGCACGCCGAUUGCUGUAUUACGUCCACGUCCUUCAUAUUGAGGGGAGGAAUCUGACUGACGUGUGGAUCCCUUCGCUCCAGGCUCGUUUACCCUGAAGUUCCUGUGAGUUCUUGUUUGCGCACGUCCGGUAGGAGUUGCGAAAUCUCACCCCUGUGACGUACCACACUGCAGUUGUCGUGGUACCUCGCAAUCAUGGCCGGCUCUCUUUCUAUGGCGCUUGCCACAACUUAUGUGAGUGAUUCAGUCCUCAGCGCCGGCUAAUCCGUCGACGCUCUCGACGGUUCAAAGGGCUCAAUGACCUAGACUCUCGGUCAUGUUCCUUGCAGUCGGCACAUUCUCAAUUGCCCUGGUGGGCUCUUCUAGUGACACUUUUGACGUCAAUGAUCAUGUACCCCAUCAAAGCGUUGAUGUAUGGUAUUGUGGGCUUCAAAAUUGGUGAGCGUUGAUGUGGGGACGUGUAUGUAUCUGCAGCGUCAUGCUGAUUGCACUUGUCAAAAACUUACCAGACACCGCCCAACUGAGUCAAAUGCUUGGAGGUAAGCCGCCUCCGAAGCCACAAAGACGUGUGCCUCGCCUCAGCUGACUUUAUUUUGAGCCCUCCGACAGCUGCAUUGGUGCCUGGCAAUAGUCGAGCCAAUCUUUACUUCACGUGCGUCUGGAAACGUCGUUAACGCGCGCUGGAGGAGUUCUGAAGGAAGAGUCGACUUGACAGUUUGUACGGCGACAACACGACGUCACAGGCGAUUGGUCUUUCACAAGAUCUAAAGGUGGGUAUUGUGUACGAAGGUCCGCUCCCCCGAAUCAAUCACUUAAUCGCUACUAUGUCAAUAGAUGGGACAGUACACAAAGAUCCCUCCUCGACACACGCUCAUCUGUCAACUCGCGGGCACAAUCCUCGGAGGUAUUCUUCAAAUUGUCGUCAUGAGCACGAUCGUUAGCAAUCAGCGCGACAUACUUCUCUCCGUUCAGGGUACCUCGGCAUGGUCCGGUCAACAAGUGCAGGGUGUCAAUAGUGCUGCAGUGACCUGUGAGCCAUUCGCGUCCCCGUUGGGGAAAAGGAGUCCAAGCUGAUUCGCAAGAAUUCAUCUCUCCAUCACAGGGGGCGCUUUGAGUGAGGGCCCUAGACAAAACUGCAUCCUGCUGUGGCGAGUUUAUCUGACAUGUGGCGCAUGCAUCAUUGUCUCAACACCACAGGCAAGCAGAUGUACUCAAGCGAUCGACCCUACUUCUUGAUUCCCAUGUCGUGAGUCCGGACUCGCAUGCGGUGCGUAGCAUAACCGGUGUUUGAACGACUUGGGGCUUUUCUAUAUCACCAGAAUCAUCAUCGGACUUUUCGUUCCGAUCCCAUUUUACUUCCUCCACAAGUUCUUCCCUCGUUUGCACUUUGACAAGUUUGUCACCCCCGUCGUCAGUACCGAGUGACCCAGUGGACCGCUAUGGCUCCUGAGAGUGCUGACGCUCUCCGACGGAAUGGCAACUUUGCAGUGGGCCUGGUGCAUCGGCAACCUCUCUGUCGGAAUCAACAGUUCAAUUUUCACCACCUUCUCUCUCGCCAUGUUCUCUCAAUACUACCUGUAAGUCCCGCCUCCGAGUUACACACCACAAAUCAAUCUAAGCUCCUAAUUACGCUGCUCACUAAAUUCCGGAAUUCGUCCGACAGCCGCAGGUACAAGCCCACUUGGUUCCGCAAGUACAACUACCUCUUGAGCGCGGCACUCGACGGUACGUCACAGGUGAUAUUGCAGCUCGCACCUUUCAGUUCGCCACGACUGACAAUCCGUUCGCUUGCCUCGAAAAUCAGGUGGAACUCGUGAGUUGUCGUGAUGAGCAGCCGACGGUCACUCCUAUCCACGUACUCACCCAACACCCCGCGCAUUGGCCAACAGAGUUGAUGGUCUUCAUGGGUGAGUGUUCUGCCUCUGAACAGAACGAGUCAUCGUUGCUCCGAGGUCGCACAAGGUCGCAAUCUCACAUCCAUCCUUUCUUUUCCCACAGCCACCUUUGCGGUCCAGGGAGGUGCCGGCGCAGCCGUCAACAUGCCAUUCUGGGCUCUGAACCCGGAUCAAUCCAAAAUCAACGCCGACUGUAAGCAUUUGCAAGCUUUGCUCGAACGUUCCCUUUCAACCGAUUUGCUGCCGUUCACAGCUCACUUGGAUACUAUCGUACUUGUUGCAGAUUGCGUCAAGCUCAAUUGA